AUGAGCGGCCCGCGGUCAUCCAAGAAGCGAUGCGGGGACUCGCGCGCGGAGUCCCCCGUGGGCUUCGGGCCCGCGAGCACCCCGGGGUGCGUGCUGAGCAAGCUGUUCCAGCUGCCCACGCCGCCGCUGUCCAGGCACCAGCUCAAGCGGCUGGAGGAGCACAGAUACCAGAGCGCCGGCCGGUCCCUGCUGGAGCCCCUCAUGCAGCGCUACUGGGAGUGGCUGGUGGGGAGAGUCCCCUCCUGGAUUGCCCCGAACCUCAUCACCAUCAUUGGGCUGUCCAUAAACAUCUGCACGACGGUCUUAUUAGUCUUUUACUGCCCCACGGCCACGGAGCAGGCUCCUCUGUGGGCGUACAUCGCCUGUGCGUGUGGCCUUUUCAUCUACCAGUCUCUGGACGCCAUAGACGGGAAGCAGGCAAGGAGAACCAACAGCAGCACUCCUCUGGGGGAGCUUUUUGAUCAUGGUUGUGACUCACUAUCCACAGUGUUUGUGGUUCUUGGAACUUGCAUUGCGGUGCAGCUGGGGACAAAUCCUGACUGGAUGUUCUUCUGUUGUUUUGCUGGGACGUUCAUGUUCUAUUGUGCACACUGGCAAACAUACGUCUCUGGAACGUUGCGGUUUGGAAUAAUUGAUGUGACUGAAGUGCAAAUCUUCAUAAUAACCAUGCAUUUGCUGGCAGUGAUCGGAGGCCCACCUCUUUGGCAGUCUAUGAUUCCAGUGCUGAAUAUUCAAGUGAAAAUUUUUCCUGCACUUUGUACUGUCGCAGGGACCAUAUUUUCCUGUACGAAUUAUUUCCGUGUAAUCUUCACAGGUGGUGUUGGGAAAAAUGGAUCAACGAUCGCAGGAACAAGUGUCCUUUCUCCUUUCCUCCACAUCGGAUCCGUGAUCACGUUAGCCGUGAUGAUCUACAAGAAGUCCGCAGUCCAGCUUUUUGAAAAGCAUCCCUGUCUUUAUAUACUGACAUUUGGUUUUGUAUCUGCUAAAAUCACCAAUAAGCUUGUGGUGGCACACAUGACCAAGAGUGAAAUGCACUUGCACGACACAGCCUUCAUAGGCCCAGCGCUUCUGUUUCUGGAUCAGUAUUUCAACAGCUUCAUCGAUGAAUACAUUGUGCUUUGGAUUGCCCUGGUCUUCUCUUUGUUUGAUUUGAUCCGCUACUGUGUCAGCGUCUGCAAUCAGAUCGCAUCUCACCUGCACAUACACGUCUUCAGAAUCAAGGCCUCUACAGCUUACUCGAACCAUCACUAG